UUAAUGUAAACAAAAAAAGGUUUUCUACUGUAUAUACUGAGGACAUCAUUGUAUAGAGAUAUAUAUAUAUACAAUAUAGAUAUACAAUGGUGGACUUUGCGAAGACCGUACAAUGAGAUUUUAUUUUAUUUCAACUCUAUUACGGUGCGAAUUUUUACCUGGAUGUGGCUUCAUUCAUCGAAAAAGUAACUAUCGCAGUUUAAAGCAAAGUCAUCCUUCAGCAGAUAGAAACUGCAUACCGAUAUCUGAACAAAUUAUUUUACAGGUUGAUUUAAAAAGCGGUGAUUUGCAAUUACUGGAGAUAUCAUCAGGGUCUGGUCAGCAUGCUGCAUAUUUGGCACCACUUUGUCCUAAUAUAAAAUUCUACCCAUCAGAAUUUGAUAGAAGGUUGUUUCCUAGCAUUAAGGCAUAUGCGGAUGAUUGUAACACGAAUAAUAUUUUAGAGCCAUUAUAUGUUGAUAUAUCUGCAAAUCCUAAAGAAUGGACAAAACAGUACGGGUUUAAAAGUGGCACAUUUGAUUAUAUGCUAAAUUUUAAUAUGCUACAUAUUUCACCUUGGUCGUGUGCUAUAGGUCUGUUCCGGUCCGCCGGUUAUUUACUUAAACCAUCAGGAAAAUUGUUUACUUACGGCCCGUAUAAAGUCAACGGAAUACUUGAACCUGAAAGCAAUGUUAAUUUUGAUCAAUCCCUUAAAAAUCGAAAUAUCGAGUGGGGAAUUCGAGAUAUUGAGGACUUGAAAAAAUUGGCGGAAGAAAAUAACAUAGAACUUGUUAAAUCUGUAGACAUGCCAGUUAAUAAUAAAUUUCUGACAUGGAUGAAAAGACGUGAAUAAGAUCGUAAAAAUUAAAAAAACGAAAUUCUAAAAUGGUUGUAAGCUCCAUAAACCGUUUCCAUGCCCAAAGGAUAUUAUAAACUGUCAAAUGUGUUGUAUUUGUUUUUUUCCUGGUGAAGUUUAAAUUGUCGUGAACAAAUAUUUUGACUCGGGAACUAAUUAAUACUAAUAAAAAGAUAUAUCAUUAAAAAAAAUACUAAAGAUAUGGAAGAAAAACAAAAUAACGCGAUUGUAUACAUGAUUGCAUAGAUUGCUGCCAGUAGUAAGUAUUUAAGGUACGGUAACUUUUCGGAGUUAGACGUUGCUUUCAGUAGUGACCAAUUCUUCCAGGGGGUCAAAAGCUUUGUGACAUCACAUUUCACAAUUUAGGGCAAUAUCGUUUCCCGCUUUGCUGCGCUCCUGGGUGCUAGACGACUGGCUGCUCUGUAUCACGCCGAUCACGCGAGGCUACUUCUGCCGGCGGUGGCGUGGUUUUACCGCUGCGUAUGCAUGCUUGUUGUUGUUUCGUUUGCUUGUCUGAUUUCUCCCUGUCCGUGGUUAUCCCGUUGUAUUGUUUGCGUAGCGUGGUUUUACCGCUGCGUAUGCAUGCUUGUUGUUGUUUGCAAGACUGACGUCGCACAUGAUUCGCGCCGGCGCAGUGACUUCUAUUCGUUCCCAUUGUUUACUUGACAAUUGUCUUCUGCGGUGUAACAGGCAUAAAUUUCUAAGUCGUUGUAUUCUGUAGUAUUAAUUAGUUAAUACUACGUUCGGAUCUACAUUGAAAACGUGUUUUCAUUGAAUAAAUGGGUUUUCGUUCGAAAACUUGUGUUUUCAUCCAUGCAAAAUCUGUCAAACGAAAUCACAAUUUUCGCUGAAAACUUCUUGAAAACUUACAUUCCACUCAUUAUAAUCGAUGUCUGCUCUAGUAUAGUCGAUAUUAUUGGAAGACAUAUUUUGCCAGCUCUAAUUUGUUAUUUGAUAUUGUAAACAAAUUCCACUACUUUGUCAAAAUAAUGGAGAAACAGAAAUAAAAAUAAGAAAGAAGGGCUAAGUUCGCGUGUGACCGAACAUUUUAGACUCUCGCAAUUUAUUUGUUUGUUGUUAUUAAGAGCGUUUUCUUUUCUUUUCUCGAAUGGUGACUUUCUAUAUUUCAACAUUAUAUGUACACAUGCUGCAUUACCUUUUUGAAUGUGCUCCAUUUGUUACAUGAGUAAAGAACAAAAAAAUGUCACCCUAUUAUGCUGGUCAUCUCUCACUGACAAUUUGAUAACUAGAGUACAGGGCAGAAAAAAUUUAAACAUUUUUUGAGAAAAAAGCACUUUAAAAUUACAUGCAACUCGACUCAUGUAUUGGGCACAAAGUCCACCAGAAAACAAAAAUCAUUAUAGAAAAGAUGAUGUAAUUCCUGAAGUUUCAUUAAUAUAUCAGAUGUUUUACUCAAGUAAACGCUUUUACGGACAGACGGAUUUUAACUCGUCUCGUCAUCCUGAUCAUUUUGAUAUUUAUAACCCUAUAUCGUUUAGUUUUAUGACUUACAAACAACGUGAGAACAAAACUUUGAUACUUUCUUAGCAACACGUUGCGGGAGUAUAAAAAUGCUCAAAUGUAAUCAUACAAAUAAAUUUCGCAUCGAAAACACAAAAUGUCGGUCAGAACGACUUUGGUUCCACAAUCCACAAAUUGUGUUUUCAAGAGGUUUUCAAUGUCGCUCCGAACGUAGUAUAAGUGCUUACAAAAUGAACAAAAAAAUUGACUUAGGUAAUCUGUACCAAAGAUUAUUUGAUGCCUACAGUGCAGCUUAUGCUGAUAAGAAAAAACAAACAACAUCUUAUGGAAAAAUUUUAAAAGUAGUGAUAAUAUUGAUGAUGAAACGGAAACAAAAAUCAAAGAACUGCAAUUAAAAUUGCGACUCUCUUGAGUUCUUUUUUUCAAAAAAUCAUUCGUCAAAAUCAUUGGCAGUAGUAAAGCCACAGGAAAGUAAAAUAAAUUUAAAAUUUAUUAUUAAAAUAAUUCUUGGUUAUUUUUUAUGUGUUAUAUGUAGGGAUGCAAACGAUGUAGCGAUGUUUUUGAAACAUCGAUGUUUUCGUCAAAAAGUAAACUCGAAAAGUGCCUCGAAACUAAAAACAUCGAUGCAUCGAUGUCACUUUCAACGAUGUUUUAUAUAAAAAUUUGACUUCACACCUUCAUACUUUUUCGGGUAUUAAUUCGAAACCCUCUAUUUGGAUACGUUUUAUUACAUUGGAAUUCGAUUUUUGUAAAAUACGGAGAAUUCGUUAAUGGAAUGUGCGCUUGGACAAUACUGCGGUUACUUUUAUGAUUUAUUUAUACAAUUUAAUUCUGGCGUAGGCUACUGCGUUAGAUCAGAGAUUCAAAUUACUGCAUUUUAAAGAUGCUAUGGAUAAAAGAAAUAUUUUUUUUUGUUUCAUAAAAGAUUCAAAGAAUCGCGCCGAUACAACGGAAUCUUCGGAUGAGUGUGAAACAGAAUACUCGCUUGAUAUUUGGAACCAGAAUAAACAAAAAGUUGAAAUGUAAGCUGUAAAAUUUAUCUACAAUUACAGGGACGGAAGGUUGAAGAGAAAGUGUAUCUCGGUUGUUACCCCUACCAAUCAGAAGCCAACAGAGUUUGGGUUAACAUGAAUACUGUGUUUCCGGAGUUGUAUAAAUAGGCUGAUUAAUAUUUACACAUUGUGGCCACUUCAGUGCCGAGUAAACGACUGUUUUCUAAACGCAGGGCACCUAUCACGCAGAAGUAAAAUCGAAAAGAAAUGACAGUGAAAAAACUUUUCAUGUCGUUGUUUUGAAAUUCUGUUAUUUAUUGAGAAAAAACUUUAACAGACAUAUAAUGCUAAGUGAAAUAAUAUGUAUCAACUUAAAACGUACUACAUUUCAUUUAUUUAUGCUUCUGCUUCUGUAUCCCUUAGCUUUUCACACUAAAUUUAAAAUAUGUUAAAAAAGUUCAAAAAUACAUCGAUGUUUCGAUGUAUCGAUGUUUUAAUGGCCGAUGUUUUUGAUUUCGAUGGGUUUUGAAGAAACGUCGAUACAUCGAACCAUCGAUGUUUAAUUUCACGAUGUUUGCAUCCUUAGUUAUAUGUUAACUUUUAAUUUUAGGAGGUUAUCGAAGAGAGUGAAUCCGAAGAAAUUAAAGAUGUUAUGAUUGAAUAAAAAGGAUCAAUCUCUUCAAACAGUUUUUAAACCUACACCGAGUCAAUAUGUCUCUAAGAAUAGAAUUAUUAUACUUGAAUCUGAUGUUAUAAGAUGUUGUAAAACAUUAGAUGCAUUACAAGCUGAACUAUCUACGCAAGGUUAUACUAUUAGUCGGUCAGGAUUAUAUUUGAGACUUCUUCCCAAGAGAGCUAAUACAGAGGAAGAUAAAAGACACGUCGCCACUGUUCCAGUCAAGUUGUGUAAGCCAGACUCUACACUGCACUCAAAGCAUAAGGAUGAAAAUUUUGUACAGCUACUAUACGAAAUCUCGAAUCUGUGGCUUCAAUUUUAGGUCCAGACCUAGUAUUUUUUUUAUCAAUGGAUGAUAAGGCACGUGUACCUUUAGGCAUUACAGCAGCAAAUGUUCAAGCGCCAAUAUUUAUGCACCUUGAUUACCGUGUUCAAUUGCCAUAUCAUGAUUUUGUCGUCGCUGAAAAACAUAAGCUUAUUCCAUCGGUGUAUGCGGGAAUUCUAAUUAAAAAAGAUGGUGAAGGAUCACCUGAAGCUGUAACAUACUCGGAGCCUACAUAUGUAGCUAUUCGUAGUGGAAAACAUUCAUCUUCCAAUGCAGAGACUCAUGCCACUGACGUUCACAAGCUUACCGAAUUACCGACCUUUGAAAACAUGAUCCGAACUGGAGAAUGUUUUGUAAAACCGGUUUUUAUUUUUACAUGCGAUGGUGAACCGGAUGAAAAUCCACGGUACGAGUGGGUUAUAGUUUCAGCUUUACAACAUUUUAAAGAUUUUCAUUUAGAUGCAAUUUAUAUAGCUACAAAUGCCCCAGGAAGGAGUGCAUUUAACAGAGUUGAACGACGCAUGUCACCUCUCAGCCGCGAACUUACUGGUGUACUAUUAAAACAUGAUGCUUUUGGGUCACAUCUUGAUUCAAUUAAUCGAACUACUGACUUAGAUCUAGAAAAACGAAACUUUGAAAGUGCGGGCAAUGUGUUGGCUGAGAUUUGGAGCAAGUUAGCCAUUGAUAAUUUUCCAGUCGUCUGAAUAUGUUGCACCAACUGCUAUUGGACUGGAUAUUGAACAGGCUAUGAUGUUGAAAAAUAAUGCUACUUGGUAUGCUAAACAUGUACGUGAGUCACAAUAUUUUUUACAAAUAGUUAAAUGUGAAACAAUUGCAUGUUGCGGUUGAAGACGUUCUAGUCUUUGGAAAUUAUUAAAAAAAAAGGAUUUUAACCACUACCUGUGUUAAUUAAACAGACAUCAGAAGGUUAUGGAGUCACAGGGAGUGAUUACAACGACGCUAAGUUUGCUCCAUUAUUACUACAGAUAUAUAUUUUUCUUCAUAUGACGAUGCUUUAUGGAUGGAAGAAGAAGAUGUUGAUACGAAAGAUGUUCCAUUCAGAUGUUCAAAAUGUGACAAGGAGGGGGGAUGGGUUAAAAAGUCCUUAAAUUCGUGUGACGUAAUUUAUGGAUGGCCACUUAUAGGUUUUUCAAAAAUAAGGUCGGCUUUAUUCCGCAUAUAUGUAUUGGUUAAUAUGUGAGAUAUCUUAGCAAAAUUAAGUGAGCGUAUAGUCUUGGAUAUAGUGUACCUUGCUGGUGAAAAUGAAUGAAAUCGGUUCAGGAAUUACUUCAGCCCUCAUAUACUAUAUAUGACGAUUUUCGUUAUUCUAUUAAACUUUAUGCCGAAUAUGGGUAAA